ACGAGAGGGUGAGCCAGAGAGCCAGCGUCGCCCUGCACUGACUCCACUUCCCUGUACUUGGCGGCGUGGAUCAGAUCUGGAACACAUUUUACCAGCAGCCACCGAGCAUGGCCCUUUGAUAAUAGAAUCGCCGCUGUAAUUUGACACUUCAACUUGCUCCGCUCUAUGUUACUUGAUUCACUUACACACGCACUAACAUUAAGUCGGUGCUUUCUCCCUCUCGCUCUCCCUCUCUCUCUCUCGCGAUUUUUUUUUUUUUUUUUUUUUGGUUUAAACUGGGGGAAACACACGAAACAGAAACACCGACGCCUCCGCGAGGAAUUUCUCAUCCCGGAGCUGUGAUAUUCCGUGGGACAACUUUACUCAUCUGGCAAGCUCCACAGCAGACUCUGAUGGUGGUGUCGCACGACCCAAGCCGGUGCGAGCUGGGCGGGUUGUAAACUAGAAGAGGAGUCUCGGUCUUGGCGGUGACAAGGAGCCCCCCAUCUACCCUCCCCCCCUCAUCUCCCCCCUGCCCGCCCGGUGCUGCGCCCGAACCAACGGCCACCCUGUGCCACCUGAGUGGAAAAAGUUGAAUGGCUGACAGGUAGAAGGAAGUGAAGCGAGGAUAAAGAUGAACACCGUAACCUCCAUGGACAGACACAUCCAGCAGACUAACGAUCGUCUGCAGUGUAUAAAGCAGCACCUCCAGAACCCGGCCAACUUCCACACCGCUGCCACCGAGCUACUCGACUGGUGCGGUGAUCCGCGCGCGUUCCAGCGGCCCUUCGAGCAGAGUCUGAUGGGCUGCCUGACGGUUGUCAGCAGAGUAGCAGCUCAGCAAGGCUUUGACCUGGAUCUUGGUUACCGGCUGCUGGCUGUGUGUGCAGCAAACAGGGACAAGUUCACACCAAAGUCUGCAGCUCUCCUGUCGUCGUGGUGUGAGGACCUCGGGCGUCUCCUGCUCCUUCGUCACCAGAAGAGCCGGCAGAACGACACCCCCGGGAAACUGCCCAUGCAGCCCCCCAUGAACCCCAUGAAGCCCACGCUGCCCCCUGGGCCCCACAGUGAUGGAUCUUUCACCUACGACCCUGUCCCUUGGCAACAGAACACAAGCCAACCUCCAGGGUCCCUGUCUGUGGUGACGACAGUGUGGGGAGUCACCAAUACCUCACAGAGCCAGCAGGUGCUGGGAAACCCGAUGGCCAAUGCCAGCAACCCCAUGACCCCAGGAGGGAACCCGAUGGGGUCUGGGAUGUCGGGAAACAACCCUGGCAUUAACUCGCCGCAGUUUGCCAAUCAGCAGCAGCAGUUCUCGGCGGCCAAAGGCGGUUCUAACCAGGCCUACAUCCAGCAGGGCAUGUACGGUCGGCCCACCUACGCCGGCAGCGGCAACUAUGGCAACAGUUACCCCGGAAACCCCAACGCUCCCGGCUCCAUGGGCAUCCCGCCGCACAGCAGGCCGCCCACCGACUUCACGCAACCCGCCGCUGCCGCCGCCGCCGCUGCAGUCGCUGCCGCCGCCGCCACCGCCACGGCCACGGCCACCGCAACGGUGGCUGCUCUGCAGGAGAAGCAGAACCAGGAGAUGAACCAGUACGGGCCGAUGGGCCCUGCACAAGCCUACAGCAGCCAGUUCAUGAACCAGCAGGGCUCUCGUGGACCAUCCACCAUACAGGGCAGCAUCAACCCGGGAGCGAUGGGCUCGGGGAUGACCCCCAGCAGCAUGAGUGGACCCCCCAUGCCCAUCAGCCAGCCCCGGCCCCCAGGCAUGAACCCUGUCUUCGCCUCGCACGGCCAGAGGGUGGCACAGCAAGGGUACGCCGCCCCCAGACCAACGCAGCAGAUGCCCAUGCAGGGGGUGAAGAGGCCGUACCCAGGCGAGCCAACUUAUGGAGCCCAGCAGUACGGGCCAAGCAGCCAGUUCCCCAGUCAGGCUGGGCAGUACCCCGCUGCCAACUCACAGAGGCCCAUCACAUCACCCACCUACCAUGGACAGAGGAUGCCAGGCCAGCAAAGCACAGGCCAGUACCCGCCUCAGCCUGUCAACAUGCCUCAGUAUUACAAGGCAGAACAGUUCAACGGGCAGAACAGCAGCUUUGCUGGAAGUGGAUAUACCUACAGUCAAAGUAGCCUGAAUGGGUGUCCUCUCUGUCUCUCCAUCACAAAUGCUGGGAGUGGAAAAGAAACCAAACCCCCGAGGUCUGUGGCCAGUUAUCCACAUUCUCCGGUACCAGGAAACCCCACUCCACCUAUGACUCCAGGAAGCAGUAUCCCGCCGUACCUGUCUCCAAACCAGGACGUUAAGCCUCCGUUCCCACCCGACAUAAAACCCAACCUGAACGCCUUGCCGCCACCGCCUCUUCCAAAUACUAAAGGGAAAGUUGACACUUUCUCUCCCUCUUUGGUCGCAGCUGCCGAUGAGCUGCGACUGACCUUCCCGGUGAGGGACGGAGUGGUGUUGGAGCCUUUCCGACUGGAACACAACCUAGCGGUCAGCAACCAUGUCUUCCACCUGCGCCAAUCUGUGCACCAGACCCUGAUGUGGAGGUCUGACCUGGAGCUUCAGUUCAAGUGCUACCACCAUGAGGACAGGCAGAUGAACACCAACUGGCCAGCUUCCGUGCAGGUCAGUGUGAACGCCACGCCCCUCACCAUCGAACGAGGGGACAACAAGACAUCGCACAAGCCCCUGCAUCUAAAGCACGUCUGCCAACCAGGGAGGAACACCAUCCAGAUCACCGUCACCGCCUGUUGCUGUUCGCACCUGUUCGUACUUCAGUUGGUGCACAGACCGUCGGUCCGAUCCGUCCUGCAAGGCUUGUUGAAGAAGAGGCUUCUGCCCGCCGAACAUUGCAUCACAAAAAUAAAGAGGAACUUCAGCAGCGUGGCAGCAUCCUCCGGUGGGGCCACAUUGAACGGGGAGGAUGGAGUGGAGCAGACGGCCAUCAAGGUGUCUCUGAAGUGUCCCAUCACCUUCAGGAGAAUUCAACUUCCAGCAAGAGGCCAUGAUUGUAAACAUGUACAGUGCUUUGAUUUGGAAUCGUACCUACAGCUGAACUGUGAGAGAGGAACCUGGCGAUGUCCUGUAUGCAAUAAAACAGCACUCCUGGAAGGUCUUGAAGUGGAUCAAUAUAUGUGGAGCAUCCUUUCCAAUAUCCAAAACUCUGAAUUUGAAGAGGUGACCAUUGACCCAACGUGCAGCUGGAGGCCAGUUCCACUGAAGUCCGACAUUCACAUCAAGGAUGAUCCCGAUGGUCCUCUGUCCAAGAGGUUUAAGACAAUGAGCCCCAGCCAGAUGAUAAUGCCCAACGUGAUGGAGAUGAUCGUGGCCCUUGGACCGGGUCCGUCGCCCUACCCAUCCCUACCUCCGCCACCAGGAGGCAACAGCGGCAAUGAGUACGGCAAUCCGGGUAACACUUACCCCAGCCACGGGAACUUUGAUUUCCCACACGGCAACCCUACUGGUGCUUCUAUGAACGACUUCAUGCACGGGCCUCAGUUAUCACACCCACCAGACAUGCCCAACAGCCUUAUGACUCCUGACAAGCCGCUCAGCCACUCCAUGCCUGACCAGCUUAUUCCAGAAUUCACAAAUCCAGAUGAGCUGCUGUCCUAUCUUGGCCCUCCUGACCUGCCCAGCAAUAGCAACGAUGACCUUCUCUCUCUCUUUGAGACUAACUGAGAGCCCGUACCUUCGUCCGUCCAUCCGUCCUUGCAACGUGAGGCACUCGAGAAGUCAGACACCCUUUUCUGCAAGAGUUCGUACACUAGAUGAAACGGUGCACUACAGGCUUCUGUUCCUUCCGGAAUGAUCUUCAUACACACUUCCAAAGACUGCGAGCAGUGUGGGCAGAGGGGGCCAGGAAGGAAACUUCUUGGGACCGCACAGCAGCUUCACACGUUCUUCAUCAUCAUUUUUUUUAAAAACAAAAAAAACCUCGUAUCAAACCAGUCUUGAGAGCAAAUAGGAAGAAUUCCCAGCGCCCGGUGCUAAAUUUGAGAAAGCACCAUGAGGAAGAAUUCACCUUGUAGGCCAGUCCCCCAUUAUGUUCUACACCUCCAACACCCCACCCUUAUCUCCUCAUCCCAUCUCCCACCAAGCUAACUCUUCCACACAGCGGGACCCAUGAGAGGAGCAGAUGAACUGAGGAGUAACGGGCAUCAAGUAUUCAGGUCAGAAUGCAACUCCAAAGCACAAUACCACUGACCUGGAUAUCAAAUUGGGAAAACAGUGACUGGGAAGUCGUGACUUCCCCAGCCGACAAGUCUUCUGAUUUUACCUGUACAGAGAUUUUUUUUUCCCCCCCCCUCUUUCCUUUCUUUUUCCUUGUUCGGCAAUGUAAGGGACCGCUGACAGCCUGCAAGUUGCAAUGCUGUCCUGAGGUGACUCGCUGAUACAUUCUGCCAAGCCAGCAUUCUGUCCUUCCUAAGAGGAUGGAUGGGGGGGGGGGCAGAUCUCGGUCUUCUACUGAUGGCCUGCGGCAGUAACGACAAGCCCCUGGACGAACCCUAGUGAGGAACAAGCUGGUGAACCAGACCAGGUCCAUUGGUAGACUGUUGGCAGUCUGUGCCUGAAGGCAUCGGAGGCAUUUUCCUGGUUUGUGCUUUCCCUUAAAACACGAGGUCCUCUUCUUGCCAGCUGGGGAUUUGAACCCAGAUAGAAAUCGUGUCGUCGCGAGGAAUCACCAGGCUGGUGCCUCCUGCCUCGCGCCACUGAACGCUGCCCACUUUUGCCGUUGCAAGCCACCACGUUAUGUGCAUGAACCACCUCCGCUCCACCGGGGCCUCGUUUCGGCCCGGCGUACCUUUCGCAAAAACAGUGUUGUACAGUAAUUGUCUGACAAGAAGGGGGAAAAUAAAUCUGCAUGUAUGCGCGACAACAUGCAUGCAGUCCAUCCACAGUCUGUCCCUUUGUUACGUCCACCAAUGCAGCAGCACGCUCUCCCGCAAAUUACAUGCAUUUAGAACCCGCGACACUAUAACUGCUGCAAUGUUGCCAGUGUCCGGGGAAUUUGUUGCAUUUCCAGAUAGUUGUUAUGUUUUGUUUUUUAAAUUCAUUUUUUAUUCUUAUCGAGCUGAUUUGUUUUGUCUUCAACUUCAAGUUUGCUGCCGGAAGCUUGGACUUUCAUCACCAAAGUCACAUUUUGUUUUAUUGAUUUUUUUUUUGUUGUACUCUCCGCACGUCUUGCUCCUCCUCGAAGAAGAGGCUUCCUGAUCCAUUGGUUACCUGCUGUAUGUGCAUAGUAAUGUGUGCUAGUUACAAGUACUCUCCUGUAGAUAUUAAAAUGAAUGACUAUUUGCCUUUGCUAGUUGCAGUUUUGAAUCGGUAAUCUUCACUUAGAGAGUUGCCAUCUGAGGUUUUUCCCCUUUCUCAUGCAAAAGACAAUGUUCAAUGUUUUAAACUGGUUACUUUAAAACGCGAUUGUAAAUACCUUUGUGAAUAUUUUAGACUCGUCUUUGAUAAUAUUCAACAUUUUUCCGUGACCAGGAAUGGUUGUCUUUUCCUGUGCUCUUUGAAUUGUGGUCCUGUUUUCAAAGAGCAUUCUUCCACAGUGAAACAUUAUCCCUGCAAACAUGCGAGAAAAAUGUACAACCCCUUUCGUGCCCUCGUACUUAUUAAGCCUGUUCAAUGUAAGUAGAGGAAGGAAGACAUCACUAGUACAAUCUAGCUGGCUUCUGUUAAACGAGUGACGUGUUUCAUUUGCUGGGAUUAUUAGCGGUUUUUAUUAUGUUUUCUUACUCCGUUUUCUUUUUUGCGUUCUUUUCAACUGGAAGAGUGAUUGCUAAAUGCCGUCUCUCCUGUUGGCCUACUUAUUAAAUGUGGAAAGUGUAUGACAGACUGUGUAAUUUAAAGGUACUUUGCAGGAAUUUAUACUGCUAAACGUGUCGAUGGGCAAGGUGUACAGACAGAGCGAGGGAAGUGAAAAUGAUUUUAAACAUAUGACGGUAAACAUGUAAUUGGGUUUUGAAUCGGACGUGAAGGUUCUUAGCAUAUUGGAGUAGAAUUGUUGAUAAAUAUCCCAUCUUUAUACUAUGAGACUUCAUUGUGAGUGCCCAGAUUAUAAAUCUAUAUCAGCCCUAGAUGGUUACAUGUGGAACUGUAUCAACAUCUAGCAACAAGUAUAAACAGAUACCCUUGAGAUACCUGUUUCCCCUCGUGAUGGGCUUGAGUUGGCAUGGCAGGAAGAAACCAUUCCCUGCCCAUUUGCUUUUGUCCUGGCUUCUGUGUGUGUGACUGUGUGUGUGUGUGACUGUGUGUGUGUGUGUGUGUGUGGACAUGAUGCAACUACUUUCUGCAUUUCCCAUUUCAAUUCUUCCCCCCUCCCCUCCCCAUUUUAAGAGCAGCCAGUCUCUCGGUCUGGUAGGGUACUGGUAGGAACCUGGUUAUUUGAAACAGCUACAACAAACCAUCUGGGAUGAGUGAAAGAGUUUCCAGUGACAGGCAAUGCACUGCCAAUGAUUUUUUUUUUUUCCUGAAAAAAAAAUUCUAACAUGUUGUAAUGUUAUUUUAAAACAAAACAAAAAAAAAAAAAAACCGGCUGGUGACUGAACACAGGCAUGUUUGGUGUUGAUUAUUUUUUAUUAAAAGCUGUUCCACAUGCGUGAUCUCCAUGGUUUUACAACUCUAUCACUGUUGGCGAUCUUCGGGGCCCUGCUUGGACUUCGGUAAGGACAUACAGCGACGGAGAGCAUAAUUCAUAGCCGGGUCUGAGGGAUCAUGUGUACAUAUGUAAAUGAUAAAGGGAGAUGUGUUCAAUGUAAAGAGAAGUACAUUCGCUUUCCUGAAAUGUGCAUUGUCGCAACCACCUUGCAAUCCAUCCGAAGUGACUGUGUGGGAAAAGAAUACUGUUUGUUAUCUUACGUGAAGACUUUGUGUUCAUUCAGCUCUGUAACAUACUCUGACCCUUCAGAUGAAACCUUUGUUUUACCUACGUGUAAUAUCUAGCUUCAGUGUAUUAUCUAGUAGAUCACCUGCAUAUUUUUAAGGUGCUACAAAAUUAAUGAAGAAAAAAUGAGGGGGGGUUAAAAAAAAAAACAGGAUUGUAACCAAAUUCAUAGUUUGUACAAUUUUUGAUAUGGUGAUCUUUCAGCAGUUCAAAAAAGGUACAAUCUCCCGUCACUUGCAAAAAUGGCCAUUUUUUUUCCCUGUUUGUACAUUGUAUGUACAAUCCAAUCAUUUCACAUUUCAAACCUGGUCAGAAAACUAAUUGUGAUUUUUAGUCUUGCAAACUGUAUGUAGCUAGAUGAUGUGACAACCUAAUAUUUAUCUAAUAAAUAUGUAUUCAGAUGAAA